CGUCAGCCACAACCCCCUCCGUCUUCCUCAACCGAACCAUGGCUUCUAACUCUACUCCCACCAAGAUGACCCACCGGUUCCUGGGCAACUCUGGUCUCCUGGUCUCCAAGCUGUCGCUGGGCUCUUGGAUGGACUACAACGACAAGUACACUGUCGACGGGUGGUAUGAAAUGGUCAAGAUCGCUUACCAGCACGGUGUCAACUUCUACGAUACAGCUGAGAUCUACGGCAACGGCCAGGCCGAGGAACUGCUCGGUGGUGCCAUCAAGAAGGGCAUCUCCGAAGCGCUCUGGAGUCGCGAGGACCUCGUGAUCUCCACCAAGAUCUUCAAUGGCUCCAAGGGGUUCACGGAUGCCGGCCCCAACGACCAGGGCAACAGCCGCAAACACAUCGUUGAGGGGAUCAAGGCUUCACUUAAACGUCUCGAUCUUGAGUACGUGGACGUCAUUUUCUCGCACCGCCCCGAGCCUUACACGCCCAUUGAGGAGACGGUGCGAGCCAUGAACUUUGUCAUCAACCAGGGCUGGGCCUUCUACUGGGGCACUAGCGAGUGGCUGGCCUCGGACAUCCGCGAGGCCUGUGAGAUCGCAGACCGUCUGGGCAUGAUCCGCCCCAUUGUAGAACAAGCUCAGUACAACAUCUUUGUGCGCAGCAAGGUGGAGUACGAGUAUCUGGACUUGUACAAGAAGUACAAGCUGGGGCUCACGACGUGGUCGCCGCUGGCGUUUGGCACCCUGACGGGUAAGUACAGUGACGGCAAGCCGGAGGGAUCGCGUUACACGUCUCCGAUGUUUAAGGAGGGGAGUCCCUUUGCUGCGGGAUUCGCGGAGCGCGUGGAGAUGGCGGACAAACUGAAGCCGAUUGCCAAGGAGCUCGGCUGCUCUCUCGCUCAGAUGUCCAUGGCGUGGGCUGUGGCCAAUGAACACGCGUCGACGGUUCUCGUUGGCGCUAGUCGACCAUCGCAGCUGGAGGAAAACUUGAAGGCGCUGGACUUUGUCGACAAGAUCACGCCCGAGAUCAAGGCCAAGAUUGACGAAGUUGUCAAGUUCGUGCCGACGGUGUCCGAGAUGGAUCACCUCUCGUUGCUGCGUGGGCGUCACCUGUAA